AUGGCGUUGAAUAGGUUAUUUGCAAAUUUAACUUUAACGCCGGUAACCACCUUAAUAUCCAGACGAUCUAUUCAUUUGGCUGUAGUGAAUUUAGCAAGUAAACCAAAUAUUUAUAAACCUAAACCUGGAUUAGGCAAAAGUUACAGGCGAAUAGUACAUUUCCCAGAAGAGUACACUGUAAAACCUUUGAAUGUUACUAACCUCGCAGGCAGAGAUCCUGAAUCUGGUCGAGUUAUAGCAAAAGGGAUCGGUGGAGGCAUUAAACAAAAGUAUCAUUGGAUAGAUUGGUUAAGAACAGGACCCACCGAAGGACCACCACAAGAAGAAAGAGUUAUUCAGGUUCUAGAAGAUGGUUGCAGAACUGCUCAUAUAGCCUUAGUUGCUGUAGGUGAUAAACUGAAAUAUAUAUUGGCCACAGAGAAUAUGAAAGCCGGUGACAUACUUAAAUCCUCUCGUGAAUUACCUAGGAUUCCAGUCAGAGCAAAUGAAGGUGAUGCAUAUUUGUUGGGAGCUCUACCAUUUGGAACUGUCGUACAUUGUAUUGAAAAAGUGCCUGGAAUGGGUGGUCUAUACAUACAUGCGGCUGGUACAUUUGGUACAAUUUUAAGGAAACAAGAUGACAGAAUUGUAGUCCAAAUGCCUUCUAAAAGGUUGUUCAGUUUUGAUCCGAAAUGUAUGGCUGUAGUGGGUCGCCUAUCCAAUGCGAUUCACUCAAGUACACCAAUAGGUUCUCCACAGCGCAACAGAUGGCUCGGCAAUAGACCACGGUCAGGUUUAUGGCAGAGAAAGUCCGGCCGACACGGAAGAAAAAUCAAACCUCCGAAGCCAAUUAAAGAAAUUCAUGCUGCCAAACCGAAGUCGCUGCCAGCGAUCCAGAUGACAAUGUGUCCUUAA